AUGCUUCUUGCUCCUUUAGCUACCCACCUUGCUGGCAGAUACCCCUUUAAAGCUGUUGUGCUGCUUGGGUGCUUCUUACAAAGCCUUGGUUACGUUACAGCUCCCUUUGCCUCCAGAACAUGGCAACUUUACCUCACUCAAGGGGCUCUAAUUGGCAGCGGUAUCGGUUUCAUCAUCGUCCCUAGCACGGCAGUUUUGUCUCAAUGGUUCUCCAAACGGCGCAGCAUGGCCAACGGCAUCAGCUCUGCUGGCUCUGGAGUCGGAGGGGCCGCCUUUACUUGGGGAACAGCUGCCAUGAUUCAGCGGCAAGGGUUGAAUUGGGCACUCCGCACGACAGGCAUUAUCACCUUUGUAGGUAUCGUGAUAGCAACACUCCUACUUCGAGACAGAAACUCCCAAAUCCAGCCAAACCAGAGUGCCUUUGACAUCGCCCUGUUUCGGUCCAAGGCGGUUGUUUUGCUUUUGUUAUGGGCUUUCAUCAGCAUGUUCGGGUACAUUGUCUUGCUGUUUUCGCUAUCUGAGUUUGCUCUUGCCCUAGGGCUAUCCCACAAACAGGCCACCGAUGUUGUCGGUUUCUUGAACGUAGGGACCGCUGUUGGACGUCCCCUUAUUGGCCUUGUGAGCGAUCGUUUCUCCCGGGUUGCUAUCGCUUUUCUGCUCACGCUUCUUUGUGGUCUCACUUGUUUUGUCCUAUGGUUACCGGCCAAGUCGUUUGGACUGACGUUAUUCUUUUCCACUGUUUGUGGGGCAAUCUUAGGAGUAUUCUGGAUGACCAUUGGCCCCUUAUCAGCACAAGUAGUGAGUAUGAAAAAUCUCCAAUCGAUGCUCUCCCUCGCUUGGGCUGCAACAAUCAUCCCUACCGCAUGUGAGUGA